UGAAAAGGAGGGUCAUAUCAGUAACUUCAUUGGAAACGAAUCACCGGAACUAUAAACCAGAGGCCACACCGCACCCAAAGCACCCAACGCAUCGCCAUUGCAGCUGCUGUACGGACGGAAGCAGGAGCAAGAAGGACAUUUCCCAAAGUUGCAGAGAAUGGACGGGCAUGAUUCGGAGGAUCCGAAGCAGAGCACUGCUGACAUGUCUGCUUUUGUGCAAAAUCUUCUUCAACAAAUGCAAUCUAGGUUCCAAACAAUGUCCGACUCCAUUGUCACGAAGAUUGACGAGAUGGGCUCUCGCAUAAAUGAGUUGGAGAGCAGCAUCAAUGACCUAAAAACAGAGAUGGGAAUGGAGGGCUCUCCGUCUCCAAUGCAGCAGUCCAAGCCAGUGGCAGAUGAAGUGAAGCAAGAUGAAGGUUCUGCAUAAAUUUAGUUACAUUCUUGCAGAUAAACAUAGUGCUUGUCUUACAUUUGAUAAGGUUUUCGAAUGUGUGCUAUCUUUUCUUUGUCUGCAAUUGUGUACACUCGGUGUGCUCUUGUAGCUAAUGUUGUUUGUGAUCUAUCUUUUGAAAGUCAUUAAUAUGAGAUGAUGUCUUAUCGUGCGUUGUUUCUUAUCAGAA